GGAUCUUGAAAAUGGACAUGCAUCAAGCGGAGAAACGAGCGAGUCAGAGGCUUCUUGGCUCACGAGCCCCUCAGAGCAGUGACAAUGAGCUAUCAUGGACGAGCUUUCUCGACUCAAAAGAGGAUCCAUGGCUCUAUGACCAAUUACUGUUCGGCAGCAGGACGUUUCCAGUUGCUGGAUACGUAGCAAUAGCGGGCGAAUGUGUGCGGCAGCUGUCAGAAUCGAAGUCGGAGUGCUUCUCUAUGAAGGAUCUCUCCAUUAGUUCUUCUCUAGUUUUCGAUUCAGACGACAAGCUUGAACUUCACGCGAAGCUUCGACCUCAGGGCCUGGAUGAGGAAAAUAGACAGUGGUAUGAGAUUGAGAUUGCUUCCCGCAAUGGAGGCCAAUCGAUCGGGCUGUGUACCGGUCUGGUAGCAAGGGACGCUGUUCUCGACACAAAAAUGUUGCAAGAUCUUACUCAGAACGGAGAUUCCCACUGGCCAGUCAGUUCAGACUACUGGUAUGAUAUGGUCGCAGAUCGUGGCAUCGAGUAUGGUGCCUCACAGCGUGGCCUCAGCGAUAUCUCGGUAGACUUCACAGAGAACAAAGCGAGUGCCACAAUUAUGCCAAUGCUCGAUACAACGGACUCUGCCGCUCAUCCAGUCUUCAUCGACCACUGUUUGCAACUCUCGAUGAUCGCAGCUUGCAAAGGCCAAGGUCGGCUCUUGGCCGAUCUCUCUGCUAUAACAUCGAUCCAGCACCUUGUCGUCUCCAACAACGCGUGGAGCAAACUUAGAGUCAACAGCAUGGUGAACCCAGGUCGCCUUCAGAAUUCGACGUGCAACUUUUCUGCUGUGAAUGAAAAUGGUCUCCUGAUCCUGAGUGGACAGUGCAACCUCACCCCAAUCCCCGACCUGGAACGGCAAACAGACCGCAAGCUGUUUUCUUUCAUCAAUUGGGACACUGAUUCAACUUACCACAACUUGAAUCAGUUUUUGGCACCCUUUCAGUCAGAUCUAGACUCAAGUGUUGUCCUCGAGCGCUUAGCUCUACUCUAUGCUCUGCGGUCAGAGGAUAUUGGCGCACAAAGCCAAACAUACUCGAAGAGAAUUCUGAAGAUGAUUGGCACCAGGAGAAAGGGAAGAUUCGGUCUAGUACCCGAUGUAUCUCCUUUUGUUGAGUGUGGGCCCAGCAGCCGUACAAAGCUUAUUAAAUUGUUCAAGACUCAAAUAAGCGAAACAGAACUCUCCUCCCUCAGUCUUGCAUUGGAAAGGUGUCUCACAGACAAUACACCAUUCUCGGGAAGCGACAGCGAGAGACAGCUGCUACUUGAUCAAUUACAUCCGCUCGUUCGGAACAGUGGGACGCUAUGCGAAUCACUUCGGCUCCUAGCUUAUAAGAAUCCGAAGCUGAAAGUCCUUGAACUAGGAAGUGGCGCGAAAGACAGCACAAAUCUAUUGCUGAAGGCUCUUCGAACACAAUUUGAUGAGCCAUUGUAUUCCUCCUACCUGUCCGCUUCGACGUCACUGGAUUCUACGACCAACCUAAAGGAGAGUCUCAGGGAAAACGGCAAUGUUCAACCGCUGAUUUUCAACGCCGAGAAAAGAAUUGAAGAGCAAGGAUUGAAGCCGGGAACUCAUGAUCUCAUAAUCAUCACAGACUUUGCGGCAUUGGGGAGCAAUGCAACAAUUGGUGCAAAAAACCUCAAACAACUGAUUAGUCCUCAAGGACAUGUAGUACUGCUCGAGGGCGUUCCAGAACCGGAAUGGUUAUUGGUACUGAAGGACUACAUAACCAAAGAGUCUCCAAAUGCGUCAACUGGGUCUAAAACCAAGUCUUCUUUUGAAGAUGUGUAUGCGGCACUGACAGAGAAUGGUUUCGUAUUUGGCAAUCAGGAUAAUGACUCGACCCCAGCACCCAAAGUCUUUGCGAGGGUGAAACAACCUGUGCCCGAAACUUCGUCGGAAAUUACGGUUGUCGGUCCGGCAUAUCAUCUUCCUCUCAUUCGCGAAAUUGAGAAGACCUUCGGGGACCAUAACAUAAAGUGCGUGAAAAGCACGAUAGAUGGCGAUAUACCACCUAGCCGGGACAUAAUGGUGUUUGUCGACUUCGACGAGCCAUAUCUGUAUAACAUCACGGAAGCUGAACUGUCUAGAUUUGUUAAGCUUGUAUCAGGCAUGAAAGGCAAAAUGAUCUGGGUUACCCCAAGUGCCCAGAUCUAUUGCAAGAAUCCCAACUCAUCAAUGAUACUCGGCCUGAUGAGAACAAUUAGAUCUGAAUUCAAAAAGGACAUUACCACGGUGGAACUGGAUCCGAAGCGCACGAUGAAUGUCAGCCUGAGCAAAUCGCUCCUCAAAAUAUACGAAGGCCUCAGCCGUCGCAGCAAGUCGAAAGACCUCGACCCAGACUACGAAUACGCGAUUGUUGAUGGAGAGAUCAAGAUACCAAGGCUCCAAUGGACAACAGCUGAAGCAGAGUAUGCUAAUCUAGCCGCCCGCCCUGCUGAAAACGAUUCUGGUUCCCAAAACUUCAGCCCUAUGACCGCUAUGGAUCCCGAAUCUGUCCGUUGGAGGACUGGGGGACUCGGUCGGAUGAUCUCGACCUGGAUGGUAGAGAAUGGGGCUCGGAACAUCAUUUUCUUUUCUCGCUCUGCGAAGGAAGGUUCUGAGACUACGCCGUUUUUUGACAGACUUCGAGCCCAAGGGUGUACGGUCACACCAUUUGUGGGCAGUGUCACAAAUCAGCCAGAUGUAGAAGAAGCCAUUAAGCAAGCGACGGCUCCAAUCGCUGGCGUUAUUCAGAUGUCGGCUGUUAUGCGGGACAACUUAAUGUCACAGAUGACAUUCGAUGAGUGGCAAACGUGUGUACAGCCAAAGGUUCAAGGCACUUGGAACCUGCAUCACGCUACCCUUUCUGCUGACCUAGACUUUUUCUUGCUUUUCUCCUCGAUCUGCGGCAUCACAGGCCAAUGGGGACAGGGAAACUACAACGCGGCAAACUCGUUCUUAGACGCAUUUGUCAACUACCGUCAUGGCCAGAAUCUUCCAGCCUCGGUAAUCGACAUUGGUUUCAUGGGGAGCAUCGGUAUGGCAGUGAAGAGCGGAGCUCUCAUGAAGAAUUUGAAGAGGAGCGGUUAUUACUUUCUCAAUGAGCGACACCUCAUAGAUGCCUUGACUAUAUCUUUUGCGCAUUCCCGUCCUGGAGGCGAUCAACUCAUGCACCGAAGCCAACUUGGUCUUGGUAUAAGGUCGAGGAAGCCGAUGGCCGCCCCUACAUGUCGGGUAGCUUGGAAGAAAGAUUCUCGGAUGGCUAUAUCACAUCACUUUGAACCUAUUGGUGGAUCUGAACAUUAG